AUGAAUGGACAACGACAAUCAUUUCCAUCACCUAUAUCGGGCAUAAUUACUAAAUUAUAUAUUCAUGAAAUGGAUGUUUUGUCAUAUAGUUCAAUCAUUUUUGAGUACGAAGCAUGUCGUCACAGUAUUAUUUUUAAGAAUUUAUGUGGUGAUUGUGGUAUUGACUUAAGUCAAAUAAAGAAUACAUUGUUAACAUCAAAACAUGUAAAUCAUGUUGUACCGAUAGAACCUUCAUUUUCAGCAAUAAAAUUUACUGCUGAAAUUGCCGCAAAAUACGAUAGAGAAGAGCGUAAUUAUUUACUUCGCAAACGUAAACUUCAUUUACUGGUUGAUCUAGAUCAAACACUUGUUCAUACAACAAACUGUGUAAAUCAUUAUCCAUCUUCACCGGAUGUUGUUGCUUUUCAAUUGAAUAUUCCAAUAUCACAAAUAUUAUAUACAAAAUUACGUCCAGGUGUUAAAGAAUUUCUUACUAAUCUUCAAUCAUUCUAUCAAUUUCAUAUAGUUACGUUUGGUGAUCGUCCGUAUGCGAAUGCCAUAGCUAAAUUAAUCGAUCCUGAUGGGAAAUUUUUUGCUGAUAGAAUCUUAUCUCGUGAUGAAUGUGUCAGUUUAACAGAUAAAUCAGCUAAUUUGAAUAAACUUUUUCAUUGUGGUGAUUCUUUAGUAUGUAUUAUUGAUGAUCGUGAAGAUGUAUGGAAAUAUGCUUCCAAUUUGAUUCAAGUCAAACCAUAUACAUGGUUUAAAGAUGUUGGUGAUAUCAAUGAUACUUAUCUUUCAUCAAUAAAUAAAUGGAACGAUAGAAAUCAUCAAUUCUAUACUGAAAAGAAUGAAUUAACGGAACUUUCACAAAUGGAAACUUUGUCUGUAAAGAAUACUGGAGUAGCGAAUGAUGAUGAUCUUUACUUAUAUAGAUUAGAAAUUAUUUUAAAACAUAUUCAUAUGAUAUUCUAUAAAAGUUAUGAUCAAUCAAUUCAAAAUAAAUCAGACAUUAUACCAGAUUUAAAACAAAUUAUGCCGAAUAUUCGUCAACAAAUACUCAAAUCUGUUUCAUUAUGUUUCUCUCAUAUGAUGUCACAAGAUUAUCCGUUGGACAAAUAUUGUGGAACAGUUAUAGCUGAAGCUAUGGGAGCGACAGUCACUCAUGAUUUACAAUUCGAUCAUAAUGGUAUCAUUCAAACAACACAUGUUAUUGCUGGAAAACAAACCUAUAAAGUUUAUCAAGCUCGACAAAAUAAUAUUAAAGUUGUUACACCUGAAUGGUUAAUUGAUUGUUACGAACAAUGGGAGAAGAAAUCAGAAGAAAAUUAUAUUCUUACUUCAGAUUAUAACGUUCAACAAUGUAAAUUAUUUACAGAUAUAACACCACGUAUAUCUAAACGACGUUAUUGUGAAAUACAACAGCAAGUAUCUAUUAUUGAACAAUCGAUUUCAUAUCAACAAAAUGAAUGUACGAUGAACAUUAAUGAACGCUUUGAUAUUGAAAAAAAAGUCACUGAUCUUUGUAUUGAUGAUGAUAUCGAUUUACGUCCAUCCAAACGACAACGUAUAGUAUCAUUAACAAAUACAGUUAAUGAGAAGAGAGAUACUGAUGCUGACGAUUCUGAUUCAUCAUAUACUUAUAAAAUGCAUAAUUUGAUUUUGAAUAAGGAAGAUAGACAUAGUUCAGAUGAAGAAGGUCUUAGUGACGAUGAGACACCUCAUGGUUGGAAACAAAAACAAUAA